AACAUUGGCGGCGGCGACGGUGGUGGUGGUGGUUGCAGCGGGUACGACGGCGGCGGCGAUAGCGGCGGUGGCGGCGGCAGUGGCACCACCAUCACCACCACCACCACCGCCAACAUCACGGCCGUUCUCGUUGCUUUCGCUCUCAGCGUCGACGUUGCUGUUGCCGUUGUCAGUACCGGUGCGCAGUCGGUGGUCGCGGUUGGUGUUAGAUGGUUAAAAGGAAAUAGAUUCGAAAACGGAGCAACGUAAACGGUAAACGCGGUUCAUCCACGUGCUCCGGCUUUACAGCCGGCAGUGGCGAGCCGGUAUUCCGGCGCUUACGAUCUCGAUUUCCGUGAGAUAUCUCGUUAAUCGACAGACUAACCGAAGGAACAGGCGACGUAAAUGGUGACGUAAACGCGAAAGUAACAAAGUAUCGCAAAGUACGUAGGAUUCGAAGUUGAUCGAUUUCGCAAGUUGAACGUCGAGACGUUAAACGUAUUUGUUGCGUGUGUCGCAUGGUCGACGUAUCGAAUGCUACGUACAGAAGGUUCGUGGAAAACAGACGCUAGACUCGAGAACCUAGAACGGGACUAGAGACGAUACGAGAAGGAAGAGGGAAGAGAAGUACGAGAUAAACGAGAGGAGAGGAAGAGAACGAUACAGUGGCGAGGUCGAUCAUCGAGAAACUGAAAUGAAAUCGAUUUUUCGAAGCAUCUUUGAAUAAUCGUUGCACGGUCAUGCCAACGAUAAAGCGUAUUCGAUUCAAGUUAGAACAGCGAAGAGAGAGGGUUUAGUUGGAUACGAUCGCGUUAUGCUCUUUCGCGAUUUAAUCGACCCAGUCAAAGAAUCGAGCGACCGAUCUCGAACGAAUGUUUCCCAAAUGGAAAAUCGCGGUGUCUGAAAAGGUGCAGUUCCGUUUUCUCGUCGGGAUAUUCGUGGAAGAUGUGUACACGCAAGAAAUAUCGUUGAAAGCCGAUCCUUCGUUUUUCGACUAACUUACGAUCGAAGUGGCAUCACGCGCAUACGCGCACACGCGUACACGCAGCCACGCACGACCGCGUGAUUAAUCGAUCGAUCGAAUCGAUUCGGCUCGCGAUCAGUGAUCCCGUAAGAGGUAUGAUUCGCGCCUCGCUCCUUCGUUCGAACGAUAUUAAGAAACACGAAGAUUCGUAUGUCGUCGGUUAACGCAGGUUGCGGCAGUUACGCGAACGAAAAACAAGAAACGAAAAUAACGAAAGAGCGACGGAGAAGCGGGUGAAGAGGGUGGCGGACAGGAAGGUGACGACCACGGCAAAAGCCGCGGGACGAUGAGCGACGGCAUAGUCGGUGCAAUCGCGAUCAGUCUGUUUGGCAGCGAGAAGAAACGUCGGGACAGCAUGGAUGCCGGUUACACGAUACUUGGCAACGAUGUCGAUGUCUGCAGAAUGUUCGACCAGUUUUCUUACAAGAGAAACGAGAGUCUGGAUUUUUCGUUGAACGUUCCGCAGCAUCAUCACUCGACGUCGUACCAUCACAAUACCUACGCCAUGGCUGAUCAAACGUUUCACACUCCCAGUUUCGGUGAUGAAGAUUUCGACAUCCCGGCUAUCCAUUCGCACUCGCAUCAGCAGCAUCAACAUCAACAGCAGCAGCAGCCGCAGCAACAGCAGCAACACCAGUCGCAGCAGCAGCAGCCUCAGGCUCAAUCUCAGCACGAUCCGAUGCACGGUUACCAAACGCAGAUGAUGCAAACCGGCAACGUGCAACAGUCUGCGGAUGGGUUGAAUCUCGAUCCGGGUGGAUAUCAACAAUCUCUUUAUCUACAGCAGGACCACUCGAUGCAGCAGUCGAUGAACGUUAGCUCGACGUAUAGUAACUCGCAGGGUUCGUAUGCGAGCAUGAAUUCUCCGCGGCAACAGCAUGGAAAUCAGCAAAUAAUGUUGCUUCAACAGCAGCAACAGCAACAGCAACAGGCACAGAUGCAACAACAUAUGCAAUACAUGCAUACUCAACAGCAGCAGCAGCAACAACAACAACAGCAGCAGCAACAGCAACAACAGCAGUUGCAACAACAAAUACAAUAUAGGAGUCCAACGGGUGGUAGUCCAUCCGCGAUACAAUCAAGCACGAUCCCCGAAGCAAACAACAAUACUACGACUAGCGAAGAUAGCGACGACAGUACACCUCAUUCCGGAAUGAUUACCGGUAUUAAACGACCCUCACCGGAACCGACCGACGUUGCAGCAAAAAAUCAAAGGAAACCAAAAUCGCAGAAAAAGAAGAAGAAAAGAGAUCCCAACGAACCGCAAAAGCCCGUCUCGGCGUACGCUCUGUUCUUCAGAGAUACCCAAGCUGCGAUAAAAGGACAAAAUCCAAAUGCGAGCUUCGGCGAAGUUUCCAAGAUCGUCGCUUCGAUGUGGGAUGCGUUGGAGACCGAGCAUAAGAACGUUUACAAGAAGAAGACUGAAGCAGCGAAAAAGGAAUAUCUGCAGGCACUCGCGGCGUACAGAGCGUCUCUGGUUAGCAAGGGUGCGGCCGAAAACGAACAACAGCAUCCGCAACAGCAACCGCAACAACAGCCAUCGCCGCAACAGCAACAAGUUCAAUAUACGGCGUAUGGUAGUUACGCCGGGAACGGAACACCGGGAAACGUCUCGUAUCAGGUGUAUAGUCCGCAGCCUCAACCUUCUUCGCCUCAGCAACAACAUCCGCAUCCUCAUCCGCAUCAACAGCUUCAACAUCAUCAGCAACCCGCGCAACAAAUGCAAAUAAAAAAAUCUCCCCACCAUUUAACCAUGCCAGGAAACUCGCAGCAGCAACAAACGCAACAGACUAUGAUGACUACAUCGAUGGCUCCAACCCAUAUUUCGCAACAACAACCAUCGCAACAGCAGCAGCAUAUUCAGCAACAGUACAUGCAGAUGCCGCAACAGCAAGUGCAGCAAGUACCGCAACAAUCGCAGCAACAUCAUCAGCAACAGCAGCAACCGUCGCAACAGCAACAGCAGCAGCAGCAGCAAAUGAUACAUUCGAACCCAACGAAGAGCGAUUCUUUGUCGAGUUCACCGUCGGCAGUGAACUCUGUAACUCAGGCUGCGAACAUGGCUGUUCAAAGACCGACGUCGAACGCUUGUAUACGUCACGGAUGCCCGAACCCCGCCGUAGCAAACAGCGAAUGGGAGGACGAGUAUUGCAGCAACGAAUGCGUGGUCAGCCAUUGCAGAGACGUGUUCACCACGUGGGUAUCAUCGAACCAAAAUCCACAACAGAACUUCUCGACCGUAAAAUAAGGACGACGGGCCGAGCUGGGUGAAACGCAGCGAUCGUUUAAAAUGUUUCCUACCGUUUGUUGUAGUCGCGGAACACGAAUAUACCUGAUGUUCAAAGCGUGAUCCGAUUCGAUAUCUUUUGUACAUAUGUCCAUCGUACAGAUAGUCACACACGCACGCACACAUACAUACAUACAUACAUAUACACAUACGUGCGCGCACACACAUACAUACACAAGGUUUCGCGUUAAAUCAAAAGACGAACGACCGGAGGAUAAAGACCGCGCUAAGCGAAUCGCUACACAGAUCUCUAAGUUUCGUUUGAAAGACUGCGUGCGUCGCAGCACGAUGCCCGUCAACGUGGAUAUAUAUAUUGCCGUUUCACUUUUCCACUGACUACGUUUUUCACGCGAGGACGAGCAACGUAGCUGCGUAAUCGCGAAAGAGUAUUAGUAUCGCCAAAGUAUAGCAACCGACAAGAUCAUCGGGUUGCAGUUCGAGGGAAUCGAUCUCGUUAUUGCGCGUUUACCGAUCGCGCGAAACGUUCACGUGCCGCAUACACACUAUCGAAAACGAGAAGUAACGAUGAAUCGCGCGCGACCGUAAACCAAGUUGCAUUCCUUGAACGUCUAGUUAGGGACCGUUUAACGAUAGAUAACAGUAAUUUCGUAGAAGUAUAUUCGCAAACGUUAGGAUACGUCUAUUCCAUACUGAAUUCGCAUAGGUGCGCCACGCCGUGUCGAAACGUGGUAGAAACGAAAAGCAAGUAUUUGCCUGCUGAUCGAACUGUGGUUGACAACUCGUUUAUAAUUAAUAAUCGAUGUGAGAACGUGAAUGAUGAGCGCGAAAAGGAAGACACGGCGAAGAAUAGAAGAAGAGCGAGAAAGGACUGGCGGUUGGUAGCCAUCAAGAACGAGUGACGCAACUUAUUUUUGUAUAAUUUUACAAAGAAAGAAAAAGUCGCGGAGAAGAUUCGUGCAGAUGCUAGGGAAGACGUGAUCGUUCGACGUGAACAACCGAUUCGAUUGUUUUGUUCGUUUCUGCUCGCGUAUCGUUUCGUUUCGUUGAAUCGAUAUCGAUAUUGGUAUUACGUUCUCAACUGUUGUACGUUCGAAUUUGUGGGUACGAUCGAAGCAAACGAGUCGACGUUAUUUAUUUCGAAACACGAUAGUUUGUACUGACGCGAGUCUUUAGCCGUUCACGAUCGCCGAACAAAGAGUAACUUAAUUACGGUUGGAAAAUAAAGGUAACCUAACGGGACCUAACCUAAAAGAGCCGAUUUUUUUCUUUCGUUGGAUUUGUGGGAAAGUACUCGUGUGUGUAUACCCUUUCAAAUCUUUGUAUCUGUUCUCGACGGCGAUCUGCACGAUUUCCGACUCCAGAAAGAAGUGGGGAAUUAGCAAGUUAAUAUGUUUAUAUUACGAAAGAUCAUGUAGCUUUUCCGUGACAGAUAGUACUCACGUGCCCAUACACGCACGCGCAUGUAAACGCGUGGCAUUGAUAAGUUUUUAAACAAUUUUUUUUCUUUGUAACAGUAUCCUUGUACAUACAACAACAACAACAAAAAAAAAAAAAGAAUAAUAUUCCGUAGAUUUAUAAGUCGCUACGAUGUAAACAUAAUCUAUAGUGUAACAUAUUGAUAAUGGCAUAACUCACAUAUACACACAUACGUAUAUAAACCAUAUAUACAUGCGCGUGCGCGCGCGCGUAUGUGUGCAUGUGUGUUGUCUGUGGUAUAUAAAUAAAUAAAUAAAUAAUUAUAUAUAUGUAUAUCAUAUAUAUAUAUAUAAUUUAACAAAUGUAUAUCAUAUAUAUAUAUAAUAUGAUAUAGAAAUAUAUGAGUAAUAUAAAUGUAAAAAUUAAUCGGUGACGUCGUGCAUACAUGUGUACAUAAGUACGUACCUACAUAUGCAUGUAUACGUAUACGCGACUCACGCCUGUAUGUACGUAUGUAUAUAUGAAUGUGCACACGUAGCAAAUGAAGCGACAGCUGCGAAUAACUGCGUUGUCGUUAUUGAAUGUAAACAAUCACUGCAUAGAUGGUUAUGAAUUGGCCGAAUUGGCCGAAACGCGACGAUAUUUCGCACGCGGCCGAAUAACAUCGAUCCUUGAUCCAAAACACGGCGGGUUCGAAUUUUUCCAGGGUUAGACGUAAUCACGUAAAUCUGUAUACCGAAGAACAAAAACACAAAAAACAAAGAAAAGACGAAAAGAGAAAAAAGAAAAUAAAAUUUAGAAGAUAUCCAACUAA